AGUGCGUAGUGUGAAGUCGGUUGCUUCGUUAGCUCUGCAAAUAUCCUGUUCGAUCUCCAGUCUACGUUACUAUCAAUCAUGGCGCCCAUUCUUGGAUAUUGGGAAAUUAGAGGCUUGGCCCAGUACAUCCGCUACGUCCUCGCCUACACAGGCACGGAGUACGUAGACAAGCACUACACCACUGAGUGGGCGGAUGACAAGGAGAACCUGGGUUUGGAGUUCCCCAACCUUCCGUACUACAUCGAUGGAGACUUGAAGAUCACCGAGAGUGGAGCCAUCCUGAGGUACCUCGCCCGUAAGAAUAACCUGGUUGGUUCGACUGAGGAUGAACGCAUCCGGCUGGACAUGGCUGAAGGCAUCCUGACUGAUGCCGGACGAAGCAUUGUUAUGCUAUGCUACGACCCUGAUUUUGAGACCAAGAAGGUCGAUUUCAUUGCCAACAUCGACAACACUCUGAAGAAACUUUCAAAGCUGGUGGGCAGCAAUAAGUUCAUUCUUGGCGACAAGGUUAUGGUCGUCGACUUCAUCCUUUUCGAGACGUUGGAGCGCUACGUCGCGCUGGUGCCCACUUGUCUCGACAGCUACGCCAACCUCCAGUCUUUCCACAAGCGCAUCGAGGACAUUCCCAGCAUCAAGAAAUACCGAAGUUCUCCUGAAUUCGCCAAAAUUAAAGAACAAUUCAAUGGACCCAUGGCAAAGUUCGGCAGUGUGGGCGGGGGCAGGGUGGCCCAGUGGUUACACUUCAGAGUACAAGGAUUGGAGCUGUGAGGUGCGGGUUGGAUACCAGCUCUGUGCGCCAGUUUCUGGUCAGAAUCGGCAAGGAGGCCGGGCGGU